UGGGUCGCUGUGCCUUGCCCUGGCCCCCUUGUCCAUGGCUAGCCAUGGCUUUGCUGAACGCUAGAGCUCGCGUCCAAGACGGCGAUGGCGUCCAAGGAUCCAGAGGCUUUUGAGGUGCAACAUCAAUUCCAUUUCAGGUAUGAUCGAAGGUUAUCCUGCUUCUCGAACGCAGUGAGCUGCUUGAACUUCACUGGCGAUGGGCAGUACUUGGUCUCCGGCACGGGGUCGGGUGAUAUCAAGGUGUGGGACAGCACCACCUGGGCUGAAGCUGCCAAGCUGAAGAGUGGCCGUCGGGCCGAACCGAAGGAAGUGGCGAUUAGUCCUUCCCAGCGCUGGGUGGUGGUCUGCUAUAGUGCCAUGCUGCAGAUCUUCCAGUGUGGCGCCCCCUGGAAGUUGGUCCAGUCCCGCCCCGUCGAGGGGCCCAAGGACAAGGAGCCGGAAUGGUGCUGUGUGGCCUUCUCUCCGAUGUUGGAAGUGGACCACCCGCAUGGACAGGCUGGCCAGGACAAUCAUUUGGCGGCCUUUAGCAACUGUCACAUCUCGCUGAUGGACUACUCGGGUGGUUGGUCCGAGGACGUGCCGCAGAGGACUCGAUCGCUCAUGGGAACCUCCUGGCCAUCCAGCCUCUCCUACACGGGUGAUGGCUAUUUCAUCAUUUGUGGCUUCUCAAAUGGACAGAUGCAGAUUUGGAACGCCUUCUCCCUCUCCUUGGAGAAGACCUUGAACGGCCACGAGGCCGCCGUGACGUCCAUCGCCGCCUCCCCGCCGCAGUCGCCCUACGACCCUCGCUUGGUCUCCUGCAGCAAGGAUCAGUGCCUACGCGUCUGGCACGUCAACACCUGGCUCUUAGAGCAGCACGUGCAUGAGCUGCGCUGCGACCGAGGGGGCUUGCGCUGUUGCAACUUCUCUGCCACGGGCACCUGGCUGGUGGCCGUGGGCUCGGAGUUGGUCGUCUGGCGCGUUUGCGUGUCAGCCAGGACCAAGAAGUUUGACCUGCAACUCCACCAACGCCUUGAGGCAGUCUGUGGCUCAGAGUCCAUCCGGACGGCCACCUUUAGUAGCCAGUCUGACGUGAUCGCAGUGGGAUCCCAUGAUGGGAUUUUGGGGCUCUGGCGCAAGCACCAGGGUUUACCACCUUUGCCGGAGCAGCUGCCGGCUCCGAGCGACCGGACGGCCGCCAGCGACGGCGCGGCGCGCGCGUCAGGGGCACAGGCCGAGAGCACGACGCCCAUGUCGAAGUUGAGCCGUCCACUGCAGCGCAUCACACCUCAGGGCGUUAAGCCUUUGAACCAGAAGCCUCCUGAGCAGCCACAGCGGACCAGGCCAAGCUUUGCCAGCCGGCCAAGCCGCGGCUCUGUCCAAGGCUUAAGUCCGGUGGCGCUGGGUGGGCGGCUUUCGCUCCAGGGCACGGACCUGGCGAUGAUGGCCGCUGUGCGCAGUGACCCUGAGAGUCCUCCAGAAGUACGGCAGCCGCGACGGCAAACCUGCAAGACCAGCACUCUUCUGGGUGGAUGGCAACCAGCCUGCCUUGAUGAGGUCUUCUCUGGGGUGAAAGGUGUGGAAUCAGCAGGCCUCUUGGCCAACGCAGAGAGGCUGGUUCUUCUGGGCUCCACUUCUCUCCCAGAAAUGGCUGUACAACUCCAGAGUUAUGGAGGUGUAUCAAUUUAUGGGCUUUGAUCGCCGCUACUUGUCGAUGGGUCUGGAGACAGUGCCCACCUAGUAGGUUGGCUUGAAGCGCUAUGUUGAUUGAACCUUCGGAGUCCUGGAGGAAGAAAAGAGAAGAGAUACACUCCAAAUUCCGAUGAGGUGUGGUGGUCUUGGUGACAUUUUUGGUGUAUUAGACUUCUGCUUGCAGGCCUAGAGUGGAGGUCUGCAGGCCUCAGAAUCCGUUUGUUGUCGUGGAGCUUUGAGGAUGGUUUGGUGGAUUUCACAGUUGGUGCCUUGAUUUCAGGUCUUUUGGGUCUCAUGGCGACACCCAACUCGCACAGCCACGCCAUGCUGCCAGGGUGGUGAACAAGGCCUUGGGCUUCAUCUCUCGCGGGCCUUGGGAAACCCGCAAAAACACGGCCCCAAUUGGGGUUGGUGUCCCAAAAGGGGAUCGAUGUGGGGAUCCAGUGAUCUCCAACCUACCAGCGAUGGUCUCCAACCUAAGAGAGAUGGCCUCCAACCUAGGGAGGUUUGGUAGUUUUGGCUGGCAAGAAGACCUUUCAGGGUAUCACCUCAAGUAUGUACGCCCUAUGUAAGUAUACUAUACUGUAAUAUACUGUAAUGAUUUGGUCCAAUGAUUUUUUAAGAGACAAAUUAUAGAACACACGUUGCCGGCCCCAGGUUGCUCCAUCCACUUGAGCUAGCUAUAUGGCUGCGGUUCAUGGCACCAGGAUACCGAGCGCUUGACGACGUAACGGUCAUUCGCACGCUACAUGGUGGACGACCAGUCGCUCAGCUCCAGGUGGGUCACAACCCAUAGUAGCUUCUUGUUCCUAGUAGUAAGGCCAGGAGCCCCUAGUAGCAUCCUUGCUCCUAGCAGCGAUGCCAGGAGCCCCGUUCGUAGCGUCCCCUGUUAGUAAACUCUGAUCAAACCUGGUGCCACCAGGUGGUGCCACCAGGUUGCCCCGCUUUACUCCGGCGCUUUCCCUUCCGGAGGCGCCGAACCGCGAGCUCAUGGCUCGAGCGCGGGGGUUGGUGAAGCGCAUUGCCUUAGACCCCAAGAUCAUCACCAACGAAUCCAACGGCUCCGGCGCCUAGUCUGGAGUCCCUUUCUACAGCAGCUUCGUGGCGGUCCGUGGUGGCCCGCGGUCUGUCGAAGAUGGAGGGAUCCGAGGACCAUGUGGA